AUGGCAGGAAUCUCCUAUGUACAGCAGCUGGAAAACGUUCCGCAGGCUGUCGCAAUAGUAGCAAUUGCCAUCUUCGUUCUAACAUCGGUCAUAAUCUAUGGGUGUUAUUUGCACCCACUUGCUCAUGUCCCUGGUCCAUUCCUAGCAAAGUUCUCCCCAAUAUGGGGCAUGAGGGCUCUCUACCGCAUGAAAUUCAAUUCAGAUCUUCAAGCUCUUCAUAACAGAUAUGGGCCUGUCGUCCGAAUCGCACCGAACGAAGUGUCAUUCGCGACAUUCGAGGCAGAGACUACGAUAUAUGCAAAGCAAGAAGAUGGUCGUUUCUCCAAAGCUGGAACGUUCUUGACUCUUUUCUCGGACCUUGUCUUGAAUGCUCCAACUCUCAUCACUAUCCCGGAUCCAGCGCUCCACAAGAGACUACAUAAAGUGAUUCAACAAGCUUUCACACCUCAAGCACUCGCGAGCCAAGAGCCGAUCCAGAAACUGCAUAUCGAAAGAGCAAUGCCCGAUUUCGACGAUAUUGCUGUGAACGGUACCGAGAUAGAUCUUGCCGACAAGUUAGAGACAAUGUUUUGGGAAAUCAUAGGUGAUCUUGCUUUUGGGGAGCCAUUGAUGGCUGGAAAACGACCAACAUAUGAGUCCUUGAAAAGAUUGGGCAAAGGAUCGAUGCCUAUAGUGGAAGCCUUGAGCUUCAUGCUGGUCAUGCCUGGUGUAGCCCCUGCGCUUGAGACAGCCAGAAGCCUUAUCUCCGCAAUGCCGAUUCCUUCUCAGCUGUCGAAGCUUGUCCCAUCCAAGAGACUACGCGAUUGUAUUGAUAGGCAGGAUGGCAGAGAAGACUUCAUUUCGGCUAUCAUGGGCAGCGAAAAGCAAGGAUUGACGCUCGACGCGGAUGCUUUCUUUAGUAACGCGAUGGGCCUAACACUCGCUGGGUAUCAGACUACAGCUACGACGCUAGCAUCUACAUUCUACCAUGUCCUGCGGUACACAAACACUUACAUCACACUAUGCGCUGAGAUACGUUCUACAUUCACCAGCGAAGCCGACAUCACGGGCGAACGGCUUGCACGAUUACCGUUCCUGAACGCUUGCAUCAGGGAGACUUUGCGCUUGCUUCCACCGGCGAACGGCAAAACAGCGCAACGCACUGCUCCUUCUUGCACUAUAGCGGGAACAUACAUACCCGCAGGCACCAUUGUCUCGGCUGACCUAUACACAAUUCAGAGAUCGUCACAGUACUUUAAUGACCCUGCUAGCUUUCGACCGGAGAGAUGGUUGGAAGGUGCGGAGAAGAACGGGUUCGAUGGUGACAAUAGGUCUGCCAGUCGUCCCUUCUUGAUUGGUAGUAGGGCAUGUAUUGGAAGGCAUAUGGCGCAGCAAAGCAUAAGGCUGAUCAUGGCGAGAUUGUUAUGGAGGUACGACUUCGAGCUGCUGGAUCGGGACGGAUUCAUCUGGGAACAGGACGCCGGAAGCAGCCUGAUCUAUACGGACUACACACUUUUAGUGAAGGUCUUGAGGAGAUAAACUGCCUGUGAGAGCUGUCCAAAUGUGGUUUCGAAACCAUUCACGUAGAGAUUAAAGUCAUCGAUGCAGCCGUUGAGGUUAAU